AUGUCGACUCACUUUGAGAAGAUGAGUUUGCCUGGAAAACCACAUCCGUCCGAGUCCCAGCAUCCCGCAAACACAACUCUGCUCGAAGUCGGAUGUCCGAGUUCCUUUCCUUGGGCUACCCCGAUAGUUAUCCUGCGCAUACUCAGCGGGCUCGAGGGCGCCUUCAAGGAUCCAAUAUACCUCAAUCCCAAGCAUGUUGACGCGCUCGACCUGAUCCUCGCUAACGCCGUCUAUCAACAGCAAUCCGCGAUCCAAGAGUACUUGGACCCAGUAUGGGAAGUGAUUGGCUCACUCCCAAGUAUCCAAGCGCGAGAGGCUAAGGUGCAGCAUGCUAUUAAUGCAUUGAAGCUCGAGAUUCAUGGGAUCACGGACAGCAUGUCUCGGGAAGCUAUACUUUACAUCAAGAGCCUCGACGCCCACGAGCACUUGGCAGCCACUAAGUACUGGGAACAAACGACGAAACGACUUUCGUCGUUUAUAGAGAAAUCAAUGAAGAUUACCCUAAAGAGGUUUGAUAAAGCCCUAGACGCGGCCGAGGAGAUAUGGAGGCAGCGGGAGGUAGCGAGGGACGAGAUUGAAGAGGAGCUUGAUUUACUUUUAGAACGCCUAGACGAGGAGGCUGAAUGA